GUUUGGGGGAAAUAUGACAACAGAUACUCUUGUGAACCCCAUGUAUGACGUUCAUACGUCUAUGGUGCGUGGACUUUCCUGUGAUAUGUCUGAUACUCAAUCUCUUCCCAGUAGCCACAGAUCUUCCGUGUUGUCGAUUCCAAAUAGCGUGUCUUCAAUGGGAAAUGGUGGUAUGGGACUGAUUGAUUCAAUUGCCACUACAGAUUUUUCAAAUUUAAUGUCGGACAUAUCAGGAAGUAGUUCUCGUCAAAGUCUAGGCUCUGCCGAAUUAAAGUCUAAACUAAAUCGAAUUCAGACUCCAAGUCGCUCAAAAACUAGCACUCCGAAAAACUCUCAGAAAAAGGCAUCGAAUGUUUCCAAACUAGUUCAUAGCCCAAAACCACUGCUUACCAAGGGCUCUUUAAUUUCAAAAUCGGCAUUGGAUACAUCCAACUAUACAACUACUCGGCCUAAUCUUCUUCAAUAUCCAAUAUCUGCCUCAGUAAGUGGACAUCUUCCAUGCUAUAGUAAUAAUGCCUCGGACACAGCGUUGCCAGAACUUUUUGAUACUUUGCAAGAAAGUGGUGGCGAUACUGGUGAGUCUACUGAGGAGCGUCGCGAGCAAGAAUUGUUGUUUGUUGGUGAUGUGUAUACUCCUAGAUGGGUUCGUAACCACGCAACUCAUAAACAAGGCCUUUGUGAGCUAUGUCCAGCUCCUGGCCGUUGGCUUCAAUUAAAAAACUCAGCCUUUUGGUACCACAAGCAAUUUACGCAUGGUAUUUCGUCUGUUUCUUGUCUGCCAUUCUUGCAGCCUGUUUCGCUUCGCACUGUCUGGAUGCUUACUGCUAUAAGCAUUCCUGUGGCUGGUAAAGAUUUGACUAAAGAGCGAAAGGACCCGACUUCUUCUGCUUAUAUCAUGAUCGAGGGCUGCUGCCACACCUGCAACGAAUGGAUACCUCUGAUGAGCACCAAGCGUCGCUGUGCCACAAUCCAAUGCAGUCUUGUCAAUGUUACGAAUCUUGUUGGAAAAUGUAGUCCCGCAGGUGCUACACCAGCAGUUUUGCUUACAGCUGAUGAAAAGUCCUCUAAAGUUCAAGUAUCGCUUUAUCCCAACGGAGAAGUUGUUGUCCCGCCAGUUCUUUUGUCGGUUUCUUCUCACUUUACAGAGGGAGUUGCCGAUAUUGAGGCACGACGCGGAUUAGUGCCGGCAUGGUACCGCCAUGCAUCCAAAUGCCACGACCACCAAAAACCUCGCCGAGCAACUGCUCCUAAUAUGGACGCUCAAGACGUUUCCACAAUCACUCCACCCCCACAAAUGUAACCACCCAAUUAUUUUAAAUAUAUAUUUGGAUAUCAAUCCUAAAUAUGUAGGCAAGCGUCUCAUCUUUUUGAUCACUUCACUACCUAUUCUUUUUACACCUUGUAUCGGAAUCACACUGGUUGCGAUUUGCUUACUUUUAUGUAUAUGAUUUUUAUGCUGCUUUUAUUUUCUUGUACCUGUAAUGUUCCCUGAAUCGAUUUUCACGAAUGAAAAAUUAUACUAUCUGAACGC